AUGUCUGACCGAUUGACAGAGGAAAAUGUUGGUGCCCAUCAGCAGCAACGGAAAGGUUCAACCUCCACGCACAGUCGGACGGACUUCCCCGUCCAUCUGGGGCCAACAACUCUCAGGCGCACCUCGAGGGCGCCAGCAGGGCCCCAGUCGAGCCGACGCGGGCGGGCACAGAGCUACAGCACUAUUUCAGGACAGCAAGAGCCCCAAUUUCAUCAUUCCCCUGUGGUGAAAAUGGAACCGAGCUACCAGAUGGUACCCGAUGAUAAACAUAAAUUCAGUGCAGGAAAAGUUGAGAAGUUUAUGCAGCCGCUUUUGGAGAGUUACUUGGAUGGACGGACUUAUGAAUCUAAGGAAUGCGCGCAGUUGUCUAAAGGAAUAACGGAGGCUAUGAAAACUCGUGUCAAAGAUAUGGACUUCCGCCGGUAUAAGUUCAUUGUGAAUGUUACUAUUGGCCAGAAUAGACGCCAAGGCUUCCAGUUUGCCAGUCGAGAGGUCUGGAACCCCGAAACAGACAAUUACGCAACGGUUUUCUACCAAAACAGUUCAUUGUUUGCAGUUGCAACGAUAUUUGCUACGUAUUACGAAUGA